GCAGAGUGAGCCGAGCUCCUUAGUUGAAGAGAUCUCAUGUGAGCGGCGGUUUCGCAUGGCGCUGGUUGCGAUGCUGCGGGCAGCCUUGGUGCUACAGGUGGGGAUCCAUGCAUGGAAGUGUUCCAGCGUGGAGCAGUGCCACGUGCUAUUGGCGAAAGUGACGGCCGUGAGACAGGAGAAGGAGGCGCGGGCGCUGGAGCUGUCCGGCCUGGCACAGGCGGCUUCGCAGAAGGCCGCCGAAGCCGAGGAGAUUUCUCGAAGCUCGCUGCAGAAAGCCGAGAAAGCCGAAGCUGAGAAGGCGCGGUGGAAGAGCCGCAAGGACGCCCUGGAGGCCCAGCUCAGGUCGUUGCAGGAGCAGCUGAAGAACGCGAGCGCCAAAGAGAAGCAGGCAGAAGAAGCGGAGCAGAAAGUGGACGCAGCGAAGGUCGCGGCGUUGAAGGACAAGGAGAGAGAAGCUGAGAUUUCAGCCGCUCCCGCGCAGGAGCGGUGCCUUGAUGACUUUGCCUCUUGCACUGCUGGGCUCAUGGUCGUGCAGAUUCAGCAGUGGAUGUCUCUGCUGCACAUCAACAGGUUCUUGGUGUCCGUCAGCUCUGUGCUGCUGGGCGCGGUGCUUCUGCUGCUGCCUGCGGAGGCCCAGGGCUCGGCCUUUGCGGUGGCGUCUCUGGUGAUCUUGCCGCUGCUGGUGGGUGGCUCCUUCCGGGACUUUCUGAGCCUCGUGGGCCAACGCCCGCCCGAGAUCCUCACCUUUGCUGCAGGGCUGCUCACCGCGACCCUGGCGCUUGCGUUCCUGUGGAAAGGGGCCGACGGCCUGAGAUUGCUGCUCGGAGCAGGGUUGACGGUGCUGCUGGGGGAUCUGAUCCAGGCGGUGCUUUGCCUGGCGCUGCCGGCCACGCUGGAGGCCUUGAGCGCGCUGGCGCUGGGGCUGCUGGGCGCGGCCGCAGGACUGUACCAGAAGCAGUCCAUUCAGGCCUUCGCAAUGGCGGCGCCUGCCGCGCUCUUGGUGAGCAGCGGCGUGCUGCUCUUCCUGGCCACGCUGAGCCGCUCCGAGGCCUACUUGGAAGACAUCACCUCUGUGCUACUGCCAUGGGCAGAGCCACAAAGCAAGGAGGCCGCACCCUUCAUUUGGUGUGGGCGACUACUUUGGCUGUUGCUGCAGCUUCCAGCCUUAGCUCGGCUCAGACCUGUCCCGGCGCCGGUUGCGCCGGUUGCGCCAUCGGAGCAACCGGCGCCGGCGGCGAAGAGCGGCGAGCCGGCGGCGGCGGCGCAGGCCAAUGCCGCGCCUUCUGCAGCCGCGGCUGCCGAGCCUUCCGCAGCAGCGACGGCUGAGGCGAUCGCGAAGGACAAUGCGUCCAACGAGGUGCCAGAUCUGGAUCCUGUGGCGACCACCGAGCUCUUGCAACGCACGGUCAAUGCUCUGCAGGCCUUGGAGAGAGCGCUGCCGCCACGAGCAAGUUCGGGUCCGCCGCCCACGUCGCUGGCGGCUUCCAGUCUGCCUCGCAGUGGUCCAACCCUGCCCGACCCUCGCUCGGAUCGAGGUGAGGCUUGAGCCGGGAGGGUGUUUCACCGUGAGAGCUCUUGGAGAUAAAUUGCGGAGAAGUGGGACACUACAGCGAGGCCAGUUGCUCUUCUUUAGGCCUAAGCCUGAACGCUCGAAUGUGGAAGCAAGCAAAAAAGCUUGGAGAUAAAGCGUCUUCCCAAGCCAUAUUUGCCCAGCUGCGCACUUGUGAAAGCCCAUGUAGAC